UGAGCAUGUGCUCAGAGGCCCUGUCCUUUUGUUCUGAGAGUGUUUUGCAUCCAGUUUGCGAGGCUCAGAGUUUGAAGGAAAAGUCAAAAGAGAUGCUGGAAGCUUGCUCCUCCCUGAUCUAUGCAAAGCGCAGCCACAUGAAAUAUAGGUCCAACAACCAAAACAAAUCUCUGAAUGAGGAGGCGAAUAGGAAGCUGUUUGGGAAAUGCAAUCAGAGCCACGGGCAUAACUACAAAGUGACAGUGACCAUAUGUGGAAAGAUUGACCCCAUCAGUGGAAUGUUCAUGAAUAUUUACAAGCUUCAGGAAUAUAUGAAGGAAGCCAUUAUGGAUCCACUCGACCACAAGAACCUUGACCAGGAUGUUGAUUUUUUUGCCAGCGUUGCAAGCACAACAGAGAACUUAGCCGUGUACAUAUGGAACAACCUUGAAAAAAUCCUACCAGAUGGAUGCCUGCACAAAGUCAAGGUCUAUGAAUCCGACAGAAAUUUUAUUGUAUACAAGGGGGACUAAAAAUCCACAAGGAACAAGGGGUGGGGGCUAGGAGAGUUAUUCUCCCAUAUAUUGUAUUAACACUCAUUGUUGAUUUAAUGUGACAAACCCCUUCUCAGAACAUUUGCAAACUAUUCUGUGUCUACAGUGAAGAGAUGCCUCCAGGGCCUUUUACUGCAGUAUUGCAGCUUUGUUUAAUCUGUUGGUUAAAAAGAUCUGCAAAAGCCACGUUGUGA